AUGUGGGGAUUGAUCUACAAAGGAGGGUCACACUUCAAUCCAUACCGACAUUUUGGACAACCAACUUUGUGGCCAAGAGGCUACCCUCUUAGUUCCAUUGGAGAAAACAUCUCUACUGAAUAUGUACUGAGUCACUGGAAAACACCAUCUAUUCAACAGGGUAUGGUCAACGGUGACCCGGAUAUGGAUGCCAUUUUUAGACUGACCCGGAAACAAACCCAUUCUCAGCUCAAUGUGACCUUUGAUGACCGAGCUCCACCAGCAAUUGUUCCAGCUGGUGUGUUCUCUCCCUUUAAUUCCCAGAAUACACUUUUCCUCUAUGAUGCAUUGUGGGCUCUCUUGAUUCCAACCACAACUACCUUCCGAGUAUGCGACAUCUGGAGAGGCUACUGGGCUCAGCGACUUCUUUGGGAGAUGGGAGCAAACCUCGGAUUCUUUCCACCAAAUGCAUUCCAAAAGAGGAACUUACAUUCCUACAUCAGGGAUGCUGCGAAUGAAAAGGAUUUGUAUUUUGAAACUGAACGUCUUGUCGACUUCCUUCGAAAGUGGACAUGUGAACCAGACAAAACAUUCUUUGCUUGUAUGACUAAACUGUCUAUAGACAUGGCACAUGAGCAAUUUUGGAAGACAGCGGAUGCUGACCUCAUUCACUUCUGGAUCAAAGACCUCAAAGCUAUGGGAUACAAAGAACCAAGCCGAAUUCCAUUUGGUUCCCUUCAAAACGGCGUGCAAGUCAUACUAGAUUCGAAAUUGCCAAAUCAAACUCGCCUGACAAAUCAACAGGUCAAUGUCACAUUCUGGGCAGCUGAACAGACACCACCUCUAGUAUAUUCCACAUGCAAGGGUUAUGUCUCCCCCCAUCGGAUUCUCGACCGAUGGGGGGAGGGGUGA